AUGACCGAGCAGCCAGCCAAGGCGCCGCGAGUCUUGGGAGGUGACGAUGAUGGCCCGUAUCGUAAAGGCGCUGCUAAGUCUAAGUCGCAGAGACAGACAGAGACAGCGAGAGACAAGAGGGACCACAUCCCGACACGGUUCCGAGCAGAACCCGACGAGUUAGCUAGCAUGAAAAGCGAGACUUUUAUCAGCGGAACUAGCCCCUCCUUACCUCCGACAAUAAGGAAGCAGAAGAAGCAGAAGAAGCAGAAGAAGCAGAAGGAGGAUCAAAAGUUAUCUUUUCGUCUCGCUUUGGUCCGCCUUAACUUCCGAAACGACCUUCCGUCCUCCAUCGCCACGUGGAAGGUCGUGAAGUAA